AUGUCAUCAUGUUUCCUUUUGCUCGAUGAGACGUAUGAACCGCUAAUAAGAAGAGCACUACGACCGAUCCAUUUCCUUGAUGAUGCUAUACUUCAAUUACAGAAUAACCUUAAACAUCAUAAGGGAUGCACAAAACCUAUAUUCGAAGGCAAUGGGUGGCAUUACGCUGUGAUAACUCGUGAUAACCUAUAUUUCGCUAUGAUAAUGCAAGUGAAUAAUAGUGUUUCUCCCAUAAGUGUGUUACAUUACUUAGAUGAAAUCUACCAGUUAUGCAGGAAAUUUAUGGGCAUGAAGCUUAACAAGCUCAAUGUACGAGAUAACUUCCAUUUAAUUUUCGAAGUUAUUGAGGAAUCAUCCGAUUAUGGUAUCAUACAGGUUACAAACUAUAAUAUUAUACAUGAUUUCAUAAAGGUAGAAGUUAUCAAACCCGACGAUGAUUCCGAGAAUACAGCCUCUGAAAAACAUGAGCUGCCACCAGGUGACCAGGAUGAAACAUUCAUAAACAGUUAUAUUCUUCGAACGAUGACAUCUGCUGUCUCAUGGCGUCCUAAGGGUAUCCAUUACGGUAAGAACGAAUUCUUUCUUGAUGUAAUUGAGAAAUUAGAAUUCAUUAUGGAUUUCGAGGAAGGUGUGGUCAGAAAUAAUGUAAUCAACGGAACAAUAAUAUGCCGGAGUUAUUUGUCUGGUAUGCCUCAAUUGAGUAUAGGAUUGAAUAAGUUGAUGCAGAAGAAUGUACACUUCAUGAAACGUUUAAAAUUCCAUGAAUGCGUAGACCUGCAUACCUUAAUCAAGGAAGAAUCUCCAGUUAUUAAGUUUAUUCCACCGGAUGGAGAAUUUGAGCUUUGUAAUUAUAAAUUGAAUAGACCGCUACUUGAUGAACCAGUUAUAAAACUACAGUCAUUCGGGCUAUCCCAAAAACCUAGAAAGAACCAAGAAACCCAGGAUAAGCUAUUGUUGAAAGCUGCCAUAACUACGCAUUUCAAAGCUCAGGAUAGUGCAAAGGAGCUUUUAAUUAAAAUUCCGAUAAAGUCAGUUAUUCGAAAGUGGAAUAUUGACCUCGAAAAGCCGCCCCUGUUUAAAAGCGAUAUAGGAGAUGUUGUGUUCGACAUAACAGCGGGUUCGAUAAUUUGGAAAAUUAACAAUUUGAAGGGUGGUCAUGGAAACAAGAAUUAUGGGCUUAAAUGCAUGUUUGAAAUAUGGGACCGCCAGAUUCAUGAAGCUUUAGAGGUGCAGCUACGAAAUUCCAUGGACCCACCACCUUUAAGGACUGGCCCCAAACUAGAGAGAAUUUGGGAUCAGUACCAUGGAAAAACUACGGAAUAUGAUGGCAAUGAGAACCAAAAAGAAGAUGUAGACAAGUUCGCGUUAAUUGCUAUGUCGUUUGAAAUCCCUUAUUAUGCAGUGAGCGGUUUAAAAGUUGAGUAUUUCAAGAUCGAAGAACCUCAAUUAAACUACCAAUCUUUCCCAUGGGUUAGAUACAAGACAGUCAAUGAUAACGAAUAUAUAUACCAGGUUUCCAUUUAG